AUGCUGUCUUUCUCCUCCGGAAGGGCCACGCCCUCGCCGCCGGCCACCUCCUCUGGCCGCCGCCCGCUUGAGAGGCACAGGAAAGCGGAGUCUAUCGUGCCCUUACAAACCCUAACUCCGCCGGAGGGGAACACCACGUUCAUCGGCGGCACAACGUGGUGCGUGGCUCGGCCGGGAGCUGCUCAGGUGGCCGUGCAGGUGGCGCUGGACUGGGCGUGCGGGGACGGUGGCGGCGCCGACUGCUCGCCGGUGCAGCCCGGGGGAGCCUGCUUCGAGCCGGACUACCUCCUUUCUCACGCCUCCUACGUCUUCAACAGCUACUACCAGCAGAACGGCAACUCCGACGUCGCCUGCAACUUCGGCGGCACUGCCAUCAUGACCACCCUUGACCCCAGUGAGCUCCACAUCCCACCUCUGUUCUCUCUCUCUCUCUCCCUCCCCCCUCUCGUUCUCUCUCUGGCUGCCAACACGACAACUGUGUAAAAUGGCUUGCCCAACCAGUCAGAUCAUAUUGAGCCGUCUGGUCAGUAGACCCAAUUCCAUCAUACAUGAUCGAUUUUUCUAAUCUUCUUGCAGGCUACGGGUCGUGCAAGUUCCUGGCCUCGGGGUGA